AUGUUUUCCUACGAAGCCUUUUCUGAAGAAUGCACAGAGGCUUUGAACCAAGUUGUGGCUUACCACCUGCAUACCUCCCAUGUGUAUUUAGCAAUGGCCCACAGUUUCAUCGUUGACACUGGUAAGGAAAAUCCUCCUUUUGUCUCAUACUUUGAAAGCCUGGCUGACGAUAGGAGGGAAACUGCAGAUAAAUUCCUAAAACGUCUCUGGACACGUAACAAUAGGAUCAGCCCUCCAACAUAUGAGAAAAUUAACAAGUCUGUUCCUCCCCAACAGGCUGAUAUGAAGGAAAUAACCACACCUGUAAAAGCCAUACUAUUGGCCCAGGAAAUGGAAAAAACAUUAACCAGCAUCCUGCUACACCUAAAGGCUGCUGCAGGUCAUGAAUCAGAUCUCUUAAAAUUUCUAAAAUCGGUCCUCCGUAAACAAAGAAAGAAUGAAGAGAAUAUAAAAACGCAACUUUCUUAUGAGCAAAGAAUUGAAAUGGAGGAAGAAAAGAAAGCCCAGACUGAAAAACCUUCCACAUCAGGUGUAGUGAGACCUCUGAAGCUAAAGAAGCAGCAUACUGGAUGUUAUAAAGUCAGUGACUUCAGCACCUCCUCCACCUCUUCCAGUUGCUGA